AUGUUGGGCCAGAAUCACAUUAUGAAAGCGAUAUUCCAUUUUGAAGGAUUUGAUGAUGAGAAAAAUCACGCAUGGACAAUCACAUCAUUGAAGGAAUUGUGUCUGUUUGCACUUCCUGAGCUAACACAUCUUUGGAAGGAAGAAUACCACCCCAUACCAGCUUUCUGUGAAUUGAGAAAUCUUAAAGUGUGGGAUUGUGGUAAAUUAAAGAUUUUAGUGCCAUCUUCAGUGCUUUUCAAAAAUUUAAGGACUCUGGAAAUUUUGAGAUGUCAUGGAUUUGUGAAUUUAAUAGCAUGCUCAACAGCUAAGAGCCUGGUGCAACUCACAAGUAUGACCAUAUCUGAUUGUGUGAUGAUAGAGGAAAUCACAGCAUGUGAGUGUGAUGAAGUGGAGGGAGGCAUUGCUUUUGCCCAACUGAAGUGUUUGAAACUAAGCUGUCUACCAACUCUGGCUAGCUUCAACCUAAGGAAUCAAGGCUUGGAAUUCCCGAUUUUGGAAAAAGUGAUUGUGACAGGGUGUCCAAAGAUGAAGAUUUUCAGUGAAGGAGAUUUAAGUACACCAAUGCUGCAGAGAGUGCAAUUUGUUGAAAGUGAAGAUGAAGCAUGUAGCGAAGAUGAAGGAGAUUUAAGAACACCAAUGCUGCGGAGAGUGCAAUUUGUUGAAAGUGAAGAUGGAGCAUGUAGUGAAGAUGAAGGAUGUUGGGAAGGCAACCUUAAUACCACUAUUCAAUGGAUGCUUACAGAAAAGGUUGGAUACUGUGGGUUAGAGCAUAUUAUACUCUCCGAGCCUUCCGAGUUGAUGGAGCUAUGGAGAAGGAAUCCUCGAGAAACUAUAGGCUUCAAAAGUGUUAGACUUCUAGAAGUUUAUAACUGUAGCACCUUGAGGUGCCUAUUUACACUUUCAAUGGCUUUGGAGUUAGCACAACUCUGUGAUAUGAAAGUCAAAAAUUGCAUAGGGAUGGAACAUAUCAUCAUAGAUGGACUAGAUAAAGAAGUGGUAAAUAAGAUUGUGUUCCCUAUGCUAACCUCAGUAAUUCUUGAAUCUUGUGCGGACAUGGCAAGUUUUUAUCAAGGAAGUAAAAUACUGGAGUUUCUAUCCUUGAAAAGAGUUAAUGUGGUUGGUUGUCCUCAGAUGUUUGCAUUUGCAUCUACAGUUUCAAAAGAGCAAAGAAUAGAAGCGACUGAUGAUGGAGGAAAUACGAGGAGGCUUUCCAAGGGAGUUGCCGAUAAGGUCUUUUUCAAUAACACGACGGUAUUCCCUAGGUUAAAUGAUUUGCGAAUAGGCAUGGGGAAUUGGAGGAAGAUAUGGGAUGAUAAGGUCACUAUGAAUUCAUUUUGUGAACUGCAAUUCCUCCUGGUGAGAGACUGUGAAAGACUUUCAAAUAUAUUUCCAUUUUACAUGAUGGAAAGACUUGAGAAACUAGAAAUACUGCAGAUAAUGAACUGUGAUUCAUUAGAAGAAAUAUUGGGACCUCAAGGACUGAAUUCCAAUCAAUCCCAUUCAGUAGCAACCACUGAAUUGAUUAACGACAAAGCGGUCACAAAGUUUGUUUUUCCUAAAGUAAGAUCCCUGGUACUUUCAAAGCUUUCCAAAUUGAAGAGUUUCUACUCCAAGAUGCAUACUACAGAAUGGCCAUGCUUAAAAGAAUUGGAGGUGAAUGAAUGCAACAAGUUAGAGAUUUCCGAGGGGGAGUAUCUGAACAUCAGAGAAACACAAGGAGAGAGCCAACUUUCCACACAAUAUUUUGGCAAAGUAAAAGCUUUUGGGCUCAUGAGCUUUCGUAACAAAUCAGUUGCUAUCUCGAAUUGUUUCAUCCAGUCAUUUCCACAUCUUGAAAAGCUUGUCGUGGGAGAUGCUUUCUUUAAUGAAAUAUUUCAAUUUGAAGGACUUGGAGGUGACGAAGAACAUGCAGGAGUUCUUGCUCGGUUGAGUGAAUUAAGGCUGUUAGAACUUCCUGAGCUCACACAUCUCUGGAAAGAAAAAAUUCCACUUGGAGAAGAAGUUCUCAACAACUUGAGAAUAUUAGCAGUGUUGCGAUGUGGCAAAUUAAAGAAUUUAAUGCCAUGUUCAGCGUCUUUCAAAAAUUUGACGACUCUGGAGAUAUCAAAACGUCAUGGAUUUAUGAAUUUAGUAACACUUCCAACGGCUAAAAGCAUGGUAUUACUCACAAGAAUGAGUCUUACUGAUUGCCAAAUGUUAGAACGAAUUAUAGCUUCUACAAGUGAUGAAGUGAUGGAUGCCAUUAUUUUCUCCAAACUAGAGUCUUUAGAACUUGAUGGUCUUCCGAGCCUAUCAAGGUUCUGCUCAGGGAAUUAUACGUUUGAAUUCCCUUCCUUGAAAGAGGUAAUAAUGAGACGAUAUCCAAAGAUGGAAAUAUUCUCCAAGGGAGAGUUAAGCACACCAAAGCUGCGAGGAAUACAAUCAACUGAAGGUGAAUAUGUAGGACAUUGGGAGGGCAACCUUAAUGCCACUGUUCAGAAGUUGUUCAUAGAAAAGGUACGCAUCAAUUUUAAAAAAUUUCUGCAUUGA